GUUCAUCCAAGGCGCAAGAUGGCGCUGCUUUUUGCACGUUCUUUGCGCUUGUGCCGCUGGGGAGCCAAACGAUUGGGAGUUGCCUCCACAGAGGCCCAGAGAGGCGUCAGUUUCAAACUGGAAGAAAAAACCGCCCACAGCAGCCUGGCACUCUUCAGAGAUGAUACGGGUGUCAAAUAUGGCUUGGUGGGAUUGGAGCCCACCAAGGUGGCCUUGAAUGUGGAGCGCUUCCGGGAGUGGGCAGUGGUGCUGGCAGACACAGCGGUCACCAGUGGCAGACACUACUGGGAAGUGACAGUGAAGCGCUCCCAGCAGUUCCGGAUAGGAGUGGCAGAUGUGGACAUGUCCCGGGAUAGCUGCAUUGGUGUUGAUGAUCGUUCCUGGGUGUUCACCUAUGCCCAGCGCAAGUGGUACACCAUGUUGGCCAACGAGAAAGCCCCAGUUGAGGGUAUUGGGCAGCCAGAGAAGGUGGGGCUGUUGCUGGAGUAUGAGGCCCAGAAGCUGAGCCUGGUGGAUGUGAGCCAGGUCUCUGUGGUUCACACGCUACAGACAGAUUUCCGGGGUCCAGUGGUGCCUGCCUUUGCUCUCUGGGAUGGGGAGCUGCUGACCCAUUCAGGGCUUGAGGUGCCCGAGGGCCUCUAGUAUGUCCAUUACUGGAGUCCCUAAUCACGCCUUUGGCCAGCCUCCUUUUGAAAGUGUCUGAAGCCUUUUUACUUUGCCUCAAGCAACCUCUAGCUCCCACAAUUCAGUGUUGGAUCCUCUGUGCAAUAUCAUAAUCAUCUUCCUCAUCCCCUACCUUGUGAAAGCUAGGCAUACAGCCAAACCCUCCUUUUCCCCACCCACCAACUACUGCCAAUUUCCUAGGCUACCAUGGGUGUAUCUUCCCUGACCUGCUUCCUUCAGUCUCUCUGCCUCCCUUUGCCCAGGCCUUUCUCAGACUGUAUUCCAUCCUGGGGUCUUAUCAUUCAGCUUUGUUUGAAUUUAUUAAUCACCAUGAUACCUCUCCCUCCCUUUGUCCACAUGUAACUUGUUCUUGGGGCUCUACCAGAUCGCUGAAGAGUAAAUCCUUUCUACCUCUGGCUGAAGGAGUGGUGCAGUCAAUGACUUGGCCCUUUUUCUACAGCACAUUUAGAGUUUGGGCUCUGGCUCCCUCAGUAAGUGCUUUAUUAACUCAGUGUGUCAAAAUGAAAACAGAGCCCUCCUUCCCCAGUAGCUCAGUGCCACAGACCUUCAGCCCCACACAGCUGUAGCUAUCCUUACCCUGAGUCCAUCUACCUUAAAUCUGUACCUCUGACACCCAGCCAGUCUGUCAUAAUCAUUAUCCCAGUUAUAACCUUGACCAAAGGGGAAGAGAGACACUUGGGCGAUAUCUAGGGGAUGAGUGCUAGAAACUAUUUAUUUAUUUUUUGAGACAGAGUCUCACUCUGUCACCCAGGCUGGAGUGCAGUGGCAUGAUCUUGGCUCACUGCAAACUCUGCCUUUUGGGUUCAAGCGACUCUUGUGCCUCAGCCUCCUGAGUAGCUGGGAUUACAGGUGUGUGCCACCAUGCCCGUCUAAUUUUUAUAUUUUUAGUAGAGAUGGGGUUUCACCAUAUUGGCCAGGCUGGUCUCGAACUCCUGGCCUCAUGUGAUCAGCCCACCUUCGCCUCCCAAAGUGCUGGGAUUUCAGGCGUGAGCCACCACACCCGGCCAAAACUGUUUAUUCUUGAGAAAUUCCAUCUUCAUUUCUGCCACAGUUGGAACUUCCCGAGGAAGGAAGGAGGCCUGAGGUUUUGCACAAUCUGUUUCAGAGCCUGUUUAGACUCAAACCUACGCUUCCCUUGGCAGCAGAAUACACUUAACCUAAAGCAGUAUUUGGAGUUGAGAAAAACCUGGUGGGGUAAGUGAAUAUGUACUGUUUGGUAGGGUAGGUAGAGAAGCUGUGCUUUGACCCUGUGAUUCCAUCUUUUUCUACCUUCUAUGAUGGUGAUGAAGCUAGAUACCCCUAGGGAAGAAAGAAGGACUGGGUUUAGCAAAAAUGAUUUGGUAAUUAAAGUUUAUUUGAACACAAAA